GGUCAUUGAGCAUCAAGAUCUUGUGAACUUGUACUGUAAGUCGAAGUUAAUCUUUACAUUUGUCUUUUAAAUAAACUGCGAAGACCAUAAAGAUUCUAAAUCACAAUCACUGUUACACGCGUCUCCUGAACGUGAUUAGUUCAUUUGUAACGUGACGUUAAGUGAACGGCGGGAGAUUAACACGUGUUUCAUCAUUGGAUUUGCUGUCAUUUUCUUUAAUAGUGUGACUGACCUGUCUUCCUCAUCAUCCUCAGAGUUGAGAAGAUGUUGAGAAAUGUCUCCGCACAGAUUCUUAAACAGCUCGUCCGACACAGGACUACAGAUGCAAGUCUGAUCUUGGAGAGAUCUAUUAACCGGGUGCAGCUGCUCGGGCGAGUGGGGCAGGACCCCGUCAUGAGACAGGUGGAGGGCAGAAACCCCGUCACCAUCUUCUCCAUGGCAACAAACGAGAUGUGGCAGUCAGGGGAGGGAGAACCAACAAGUACAGGAGAUGUCAGCCAGAAAACAACAUGGCACAGAAUUUCAGUAUUCAAACCAGGCCUGAGAGAUGUGGCGUAUCAGUAUGUGAAGAAAGGGUCUCGGAUUCUUGUGGAAGGAAAGCUUGACUAUGGAGAGUACACAGAUAAAAACAACGUCAGGCGACAGGCAACAACUAUUAUCGCAGAUAAUAUUGUGUUUUUAAGUGAAAAUUUGCGAGACCAGUAAUGAAGACGCCUUCCCAGACUUUAGGAACCAAAAGAAGAUAUUUUCUAUAGUGUUACUCUGCUCACUGACGUUAAACUCUGUGUAUCAUUGUGUCUGGCCUUCACAGUUACACAUAGACAUACAAAGUUAUGUUUUUUGUAUGAUUGUGUCCUGCGGUCUUCCCCGACAGAGGGAGCUGACAGAAAGCACUUUGACAUGUGAACACUUUCAGAGCCAUGCACUGGAUCACACUCUCUUUGUAUAAGCAGAAAUGUGAAAUUUCCCUUUUUUAGGACUUAAAAGCAUCAUGUUUAAAGUUAUGUCUAACCAAAUCACAGUUUGUUGUAAUGUCUUGUUAAUGUUCAUGAAUAAAUGUAAUAGUUUGUCAGUAAA